AUGGCGGCAUCAAGUCAACCAAAUCUACAAAACCCGGAAAUUCUCUAUUCAAGACAUGAAGUCAAAUACGAAACUUUGCCCAAAGAUAUGGAAGGGUCCGAUCAAAAAGAUGACCCCGCACUGUCCGAAGACGCGAGAACUUUGCUGGGCCUUCAAGACGAGGAGAUCGAUCGCCUCACAUUAAAACAGACGAGAGAAUUCAUCAAGAAAUUGAAGAUUGCCACAGCUAAUGUGACAAAACUCCAAGAACUAAGGAGAAAGUUGAAACUACAUGAAGUCAAAUACGAAACUUUGCCCAAAGAUAUGGAAGGGUCCGAUCAAAAAGAUGACCCCGCACUGUCCGAAGACGCGAGAACUUUGCUGGGCCUUCUAGACGAGGAGAUCGAUCGCCUCACAUUAAAACAGACGAGAGAAUUCAUCAAGAAAUUGAAGAUUGCCACAGCUAAUGUGACAAAACUCCAAGAACUUAGGAGAAAGUUGAAGCUGUAUGUCUUGGAAAAGGAGGGGAGAAAUCGUGGAAACCAUGCCUCUAACAUAGUGGUAAAUAUCCAAAAGAAGGAUGAAUACAAAAGAGAGCAACUCGCGGCUUUGUAUGAAGAUAUCGAGAGAACGUCGGCCAGCAUCAUCAAAAUGGAGGAAGACCCGCUUCCCGGGCAGUUAGAGACGAGCAUUCCAGGGUUCAUGGCCAAACUGAAAAAGGAGAAAGAAAGACUGAAGAAUAAGAAAUGCCCAAUUCUCUUUGCUGGUGAGACUUCUGCAGGGAAAAGCUCUCUCUUGAAUCUGAUCCUUGGUGACGACAUACUGCCUACGUCACAUCUCAGUAACACGUCAGUGAUUUGCGAGAUUAGCUAUGCCGAGCAACGUAGGGCAAAAAUACACUACUGGGACGAGACUAAAACGCCCGAUACGAUAGAAGACGGGGAGGACUUUUAUGCAGAAUUGGCAAAGAAGAUUCACACAAAGGAAGAACGAAGCAAAAAGUGGCCGUACAAAAAAGCGGAAAUUUUUAUGCCUCUUGAUAUUUUAAAGUCAGGACUCUGCAUCGUCGAUAGCCCAGGAAUUGGCGAAAACCAAGAAAUGACCGGUCUUGUAUUGGAUUACUUGGUGGAGGCAUUUGCAUUUAUAUACGUCAUCAAUAGUGCUAAUGCCGGGGGAGUACAAACGGACCGGCUGCAAGCACUCCUUCGCGAAGUGGCAAACAGAAAAAGUCCAGACGAACAGCAAUUAUUUCAAGCCAACGCAGCCAUUUUUGUCUGUAAUAAGUGGGAUCAGGUUCCUAUCAAGGAGCGGGAGCUAGUGAAAGGAGAUACGCUUACUAAGUUGCAGACAUGCUGGGACGGCUGUAAUGCCAGCCAACUCUUCUGUAUGGAUACUGCUGAGGCCAGUUACUUUUACAAGGCUGGAUACAUUAGCCGCGAUUUUGGUAGACUUUUGGAUGGAAUAGAGCAUCUUGUACCGAUCAGUUUAGAAAACAAAGUGCUCUUCUCCUACGGUUGGCUGUACAAUUUUGUCACUCGGGUUCUUCACCACUUGCAAGCGUUUCUAAACCAAGCUCACAAGUCUAAAGUUCAGCGCAUGAAGACGUACACAGAUAUCCAAGAUCGUCUGACAAAACUGAAAAAGGAAGCUGACCAAUAUUUUGAAGAAUUGAAGGCAGAGAUUGAAAGCAGGUUUGAGUCUGCUCUGGUUACUCUAAAGCAAUAUUUAAUGAAGCCCGAAAUUAGAGAACGAAUUACAAAAUGGACCGAACCGCAGCAGCCCAAGGGUCACAAGUGGGCAGACGUGGACACAGCCAUCCGCGAACGUGUGGUCGAAAGAAUCACACACUUACUAGAAAAAUGGGAAGACGAGCAUAAGUUUUUCAAGAAGCUUCGACCAGAACUGACAGAAAAGUUCACCAGCCAGUUCAGAGGUAUUGAAAGACAACUGACCGGUAUUGAAAAUAUGAUUGCGCGCCAUGAUACUCGCUUGAGCACAACUUCCCAUAAAGACCCAGGCGAACCUGUGAAUGAGGAAGAAGGGUUCUUUCCUUACGAUCUGUCCCUUAAACUCAAACAUAAAAUCAUUCUCGGGGUAGCUGCGCCAAUUUUAGUCCCUGUCGCAGUGGCCGGUGCAAUCAUAGCGCUGCCCAUUUUGGGCGGGCUAAAAGUCAGGCAGAUGAUCGAUGCGCGACUUGCGGAAGAAAAACUGAAGAAGUACAAAAACGACCCUAUAAACUUCCUAAGAAAACAGUCGGAAAAGGUUUUGGAUGAAUUUGUGAAAAAAAGUAAGGCUCUUGAAAAAUACGUCCGCAGUGAGCUUAGCCAGGCGUACGUCUGCUUGCAACAGCUUCAGGAGGCGGUGCCUCGCCAAAUUAAAGCAGACGAGGCUCAAAUCUUGUCCCUAAAAGACGAUCAAAGAGAGGCUUCCGAUUAUCUCCGUUUUUAUGACCCUCUCAACGAAGUGUUCGUCUCCUUCAAAAAGAGGCUUUUGUAUUUCAAAACUAUAGCAAUCAGACGCGAACUCAAGGACUACGAAUUCGAUGAUAUCGAAAUCCCUAAAACCCCGGAGAUAAUAUGUGAUAGUCUGUAUUGUACGAUAUUCAAGGUUGUGCUACGGAAGCCUAUCGGUUCACUACAGACCGGGUCUACGGUGUGUCUUAGGAAGUGUCAUGUCCCCAUCUCACACCAGACGAUACACGAUCAUCUUGGAGUUGAAGAAGCUUACCAGUAUCAGCACCAUGAAAAUCUCGUGAAGUUUUACGGAUCCACGCGAGAUUUCGACAAUGUGUAUUUUAUCCUGGAGCCUCUGCAAUGCAGUCUUCGUUGUUAUCUUCAAGAAACCCCAACCGUCGACUGGGACAAGACGGACGAAGAGAAGUAUAUGGUGUUCCUUGAAAUAAUGCGCCAAGUAGUGAAUGGGCUGGAGUACCUUCACUCCCGGAGUAUGCAGUGGGUCCAUUAUGAUUUAUCUUUGGACACUGUAGCGAUGGAUUACAAAGACACAGUAAAAUUGACCAACAUUGGCCACCGACGGAUGCUAAAGAUAGAUCCCACGGAGCCGAGGGAGAAUAUCCUCCGUUACUCCCACCUCCCGCACGAGGUCCUUGCCGACCCUCCCACCACCUAUACUCUGACCUCCGACAUGUACAGCGUGGGGAUCAUGAUGUGGGAAAUGUGGACUGGAAAGAGAGCCUUCGAAGAUGAAAUAACUGCUAACCCAACCAAGUUUCAGACCAUGUCAGACUUCAUACAGUUCUGCGAAGACCGCAGGCCGGGGUUGGAGUAUUUUUACUCCAACGGGGCCAGCGAGGUGUCAUCCCGCCAUGCAGAAACUUGGCUGAAGACCCUGAGGAUUUGCUGGGAUCCCGAGCCCUCCACGAGACUCACAUGCAAAGGCUGGUUGGCGCUGACCAGCAAAGAUAGUAUGCUCUCAGACGGUCUCUACAUUCACGAAAAACAUUUUUAACAUCUUGGGGGGUUGGACAUUUUAAAUAAUUUCUCAUAGACUGGGUGUGAGAAAAUUGAUUUAAUACUUUUUUAAAACGGUAUACUUUCCAAAAGAGUUAAUUUUACUUGACCGGUACUAAGUGAAGGGAUUUUUUCUAUUUUGGACUGAUGAGUUAAAAUGUUGAACAAAAACAGAGGAUAAAAUACUCGCACACGCACACCAUUGGUUAAAGUUCAACUUGGUUAAACCUAGGAUCCACUAGUUUUACCCUAUACCUAAAUCUAAAUUUGCUGUUCUGAUUAUUUUUUUCAAAUUAAAUUUUUAUGGCAACUCGAUACAAAAUAAAACGGUGUUCAUGUUUAA